AAAUUUUACGAUUUAGAAAUAAUGGACCUUGUUCUUAAAGAUUUUAGCAAGUAUAAAGGCAGAAUCCAGAAGAGUCGAAAGAAAAUGAACGGAUAUAUUGGGAUAGAAGGGAUCGACAGCAUGCUUGAAGGAAUAACGAAGACAGAGCAAGAACUCGAAAGGAUUGAAAAGAAAGAAAUUAGUGAAAAGGAGAAGACCAAAGCUGCCAUAAGUGCUGUCAAAAAUAUGACCAAGGUGCACUUGUCUUCAAUGGUGAGGAAAUAAGAUCGCUCCUGAGAACAAAAACAUGUAUGACUCUAUCUCAAAGAUUGGGAAGAGCAUUGCUAAAUGCAAGAGUCUGAGUGGGAAGCCAUCUGGUGCUGAAAUAGAUAUGAUUGACCUUGGGAAAGGAAUAAACAAAGAAUUUGUUAAUGAGAUCAUCUCGAAGCAUCUGUUUGUCAGUGGUAGAUUUGAUUCAGGAGAGAAGUUCUGUGAAGAGUCAGGAGUUGAGCUAGAAGAAGAGUUUAAAGAUAACUUUAGAGCCCUUGAUCUGAUACUUACUGAGAUUAAUCUGAAGAAACUAGACAAAGUAUUCCAGUGGAUAAAAGAGAAUGAUUCAAAGCUAAAGAUCUCUGAGAGUGAUGUUCCCUUCCUUGCUCAUAAGGCUCAGUUCUGACAAAUGCUGAAAGAAGCUAAGGAUAUUGGAGAGUGUGAGAAGCAAGUUGAGAUUCUUAGCCAAAUUGUUGAAUAUUCAAAAGCAAAUUUCUACGAUUUCUUUCCAAAAUAUAAAGUCCAGAUUUCGAAGUUGAUGACUUCAGUAGCUUUCAUUAAUGAGCUUGAAGAUACUAAAUAUUAUGACUUGACUACUGAGAUUCAUUGGAACCAUCUUACACAGAAUUUUGUGAGAGAUUUUUGCAAACUCCAAGGAAGUGGAAGAGACAGUGGUCUGACUCAGCAAGGUCUUUUCAUGUGCUUAAAAGUAGGAACACUAGGAAUUCCAAAAUUCCAGAAAUACUUCAAAGCUUUCAAGAGCAGACAGCAUUUGUUCCUAAAUGAUGAGCUGCAGAUCGAUUUUGAUCUAGACUCUUCUCAUAAAUUCCAUUCUAUCUUUAUCUGCCCAGUGUCAAAAGAGAUUGCUACCAAAGAGAACCCACCAAUGUUGUUGAGAUGCGGACAUUGUAUCACUAAGCUCUCCUUUGAGAAUAUCUGUGGAACCGGGCGUGGAAGAGCCAGAGCCAAGUGUCCAACAUGUCCUGCUGAGGUGAGAAGAGGCGACGCUAAAGAGCUAAAUAUCUUCUAA